AUGCGCGUCCGGCUGGCUGUUCUUGCCUUGCUAGUAGGAGCCACGGUUGUGCAAACGGCCACGCGCAUACGCAAGAGCUGGACUACCUACAGCAGCGAUGAAAAAGAGCAGUAUUUGAGCGCUAUAAAGAAAGCGAUGACAUCGGGAAACCACAUGCUAUUCACGCAAAUGUAUAUGGAUUCUAGAAGUCUAGACCAGGUUGUCGGUACAUGUGGCGCACCAGCGUGGUAUCGUAAGUAUCUACUCGGCUACGAGAACAUGCUACGCUCGCUAGACUCGACAUUUAGCGACCUGACGCUGCCAUACUGGGACUUGUUCGAGGACUCUGCCAAGCGCAUAUCGACAACGACGGUAUGCAAUGGAAUUGAAGGAUGCUCGCCGAUAUUGGCAGACUUGGGAGGCUGCGAAGGACCUGAGCUUAAUCCCGGUGACUAUGUCUUGAACGGUGAAAUCAUUCCGAGUGGGAAUUGUGCAAAUACCAGCGUGGCCGCACAUGCUUGUACGAUCAGUACAAAGUGCGAGAGGUGUAUCCCACGUGGAGAGUGGAAUGUAGGGGACUCGUCGUUGGAGGUUGGUCCAAGUACGUUUGCCGAUUUGAUUCGCCAUGCCAGUGAUGCCACCGGGAUGGAUACACUGCGCAAGGAAAUUCAAAACUCGAUUCAAAUGACGGUGCACAGCAUUCUCGGUGGCGUCUACGAGACUCGUGCUGCUACUUUUGACCCAAUUUUUUUCAGCCACUAUGCAACGAUCGACAUGGUGUAUCAGUUUUAUCAGAGCUGUAACCAGAGUAUUCCACUCACUGGAUCAUGCAGAGGAAGGGGUAAUCUUAAGAUUUCUCCGACGGUCGAGAUUCCGAUGUAUUUGCGGAAUGUUCCGAUUAGUUUGCACGCCAAACUUUCGAAAUACUUUCAUGGCGUUGGCACGACAUUUAAGAGUAUGGAUGCUUUUGCUGUUGAGUACGAAAUCAGUCCAUUUCUUCAAAACGUGUUAAAGAAGUUUUCACUGCAGUGCGAAAAAGAUAAAAGUGCCACUGGUGCAAUCUCGUACGCUAGGGAUAAAAGCACUUUUGAAGAUGCUGUGGGCAUCGAUACAUUAGUGAACGACUUAGCUGCGUGCGAUCGAACAUCUAAGAUUGCGGGAGAUACUACUGAAGCUCCUUCUGCUUUCAUUUCAUGCCAGCUGCUCUCAUCGCUACAGAAUGGAGUAUUCACUAAUUUUAGUACACCCGUCCGCGAGUUUUUCGGUGCAACACAAGACGAUCUACCUAAGUGUGUGGGUGAUCUGGCAGCCAUUACCUCUACGGAUGUUGCGGUCACGCUGUCCGCUACAUGCCACGAGGCGAUGUACAGGGAUACAAGCAUCAGCUCGAAGACUGAUUUCAAUUUGCUCACUGAUGGCUUUGCUAUAGUCACCAAAGGCGCAAAAGAUGGAGUCCGGUACAUGAACCCGCCAAGUAAAUAG